UAUAAUAUGCUGCAGCUAUAAAGAUAAUGAUGAGUUUGUAUCCAAAAUAUUGUCACUGUUAUCAGUCAUCUGCACCGGCGUUAGAUGAGAAAUCCAUGUUGGUGUUACAGAAACUGUUCGUCAUUACAAUCAUCACCUGCACUGCUGGUGUACAGAGACCACUGUUUACAGUAACUACAGCUCUCCAUAAAUAACGACCAGACCCUCUCUCUCUCUCUCUGUACACGCACAUUUCCAACCCAAAGGCCGAUGUCACCGCCUCCGGAGCAUGACUACACGGGCGGCGCCGUCGAGGAUGGGGCCCUCAACCUCAAAGAGACGGAGCUUAGGCUGGGACUUCCCGGGUCGGAGUCCCCCGACCGGGACGACAAGGUAGGCAUCACUCUCGAGCUGCUCUCCCCCAAGAGCUUCGUCUCCGGCGCGAAGAGGGUUUUCUGCGACGCCAUAGAUGCGGGAGGCGGGAAGUGGGGAUUCUCCGCUGGAGAAGCCGGAUCCGAGGUAGAUAAGGGAAAAGGCAGCGUCUUGUUCACGCCCAAGGGUGAGGGUUCCGCCGGCGGGAAGCCUCCUGGGCUGGGGAGAGUGGGGAACGAUGCAGCGGCCUCCGGGCAGGUAGGGAACUCGGGGAAGAGUCAUCGUGAAGUGGCUCCUGCAGCAAAGGCACAGGUUGUAGGUUGGCCACCGAUCCGAAGUUAUCGGAAGAACACGAUGGCUACGAACCCUCCAAAGUACAAAGAAGAUGUAGAUGGGAAGCUUGGGUUGGGGUGCUUGUAUGUGAAGGUUAGCAUGGAAGGUGCUCCUUAUCUUAGGAAAGUUGACCUUAAAACAUACAAAGACUACAGAGAGCUUUCUUCGGCGCUGGAGAAGAUGUUCAGUUGCUUCACAAUUGGACAAUGUAAUUCUCAAGGAAUACCAAGCAGAGAUGGAUUAUCCGAGAGUCGGUUGAUGGAUCUUUUAAAUGGGUCUGAAUAUGUUCUUACUUACGAAGACAAGGAUGGAGACUGGAUGCUUGUUGGUGAUGUGCCGUGGGAGAUGUUCACAGAUUCCUGCAAAAGGUUGAGGAUCAUGAAGGGUUCUGAUGCAAUUGGACUCGGUAAGUUCAGGCAAACCGAAAUCCUGAAUAACCUACAGUCCGAACUACUGAAGGGUUCUGAUGCAAUUGGACUCGCUCCAAGGGCUAUGGAGAAGUGCAAGAGCCGGAACUAGGGACCUUUGUUGUCCUACAUAUGGCUGUAAGGGCCCCUCCUUGAGACCAAGAGCUUUAGGGGUUUUAGUUGGCAACUGUUCUCUGUCUAUUAUAUUAUUUGAAUUGCUAUUUCCGAUGGACCAAAGACUCUUGUUAAUUAAGUUUCUCUAGGGACAUAACUUUGUCGGAUCGUGCUUUCAGUUUGUAUGUCUACCUUUCAUGUAAAUAUUUGGCUUGCUCUUUGUGCUCCUA